AGUCUAUUAUACACGAUGGCGGACGAACUUAUCAAAAUCGGAAUAGGGUAAAAUAUGGCAGAGAAAUUGCGCAUCAAUGUGGUUUGUUCAUCCAGAGACAAGCGAUUUCUGGUAAGAGAAACUUUUAACAAGAGCCUAACGUUUUCUAUCCCCUCUAUGACUUUACUUUGUUGGUUAAGAUGACUAAAAUACGCUAGCUCUGUUCUGAUUACCCUGUUUACAGUGUUUAUCAGAAAUAAGAAGUUUAUUGAAGUACUUGUUGUAAUCGUUACCUCAUGUUUUAAACUGAGGAUGAGAUCAAAAUUAUUAAACUCCUGUUGUGGCACUUGUUGCCGAAUUUUCAAAGAGACAACUAAAUUAUUAUAACUAUUAUAAAUUGUAUUAUUUGACAGGUAUUUCAACAACAAAAAAUGCAACAGAUUUACUUAUCCUCUGGUUCAUGCAUGAAUAUAUAUUUCGAUUACUUAUGCAAGGCUGUGCUCUAAGGAAAAUUUCAGGGAGCCCUUCGGGCUCCCAAGCGUUUUAGCUUGGGUGCCCAGGCCUAAAAGAUGGUCGCCCAAAUCAAAAUUUCGGCGAGCCCUUUGGGCUCUCAAACAUUUUAGCUGAGGUGCCCGGGCCUCCCAGUUGGUCGCCCAAAUUAAUAAAUCAGUCAGUUAAUUCUUAAAAAUUAAACAAACUGUUUUCGUAACGAGUCAAAUAGAACUAUGUGCAUUUAUUUAUUGUUUUUAUGUUCAUGAAACAUCGUAUCCUUUGACCUCCUGAAAACCUAUCGGUGAAAUGUUCAAGACAAAUGAGCUUUUUGUGGAUUCGGUCGAUUUUAUUUUUAGUGCGUGAUAUGUAAUAACUUGUCAAGACACCAAGGACAAUGCAGGACUUAUAGAGUUUAUACCCGUUUCUAAAACAAUCACAAAAAAAAACGUAUAUUUUUUUUUUUUUUAUACAUCGUGUUUUACUGGAAAAACAAUCUUAAGUUAUGUUUUUGCCUCGCAGACACGGCAGUAAAAGCCGGCUAAAAUAUUAAAUUAGCAUAGAAGAGCGACUCCCGUGUUUAUUCAGCGAUUUAUUAAUCGACCGCAUUUUACGCCUAUCAGAGCAGAAGUAACAACUUUUGAAAAACUAGCUGAUGAGCCAUCCCAAUUUAAAGGAAAAAUUUUAAUGCUAUUGGAAAAGCCGUUAAAAUCGAAAACUGUGCAGCUAGUCAAGUUCAAAGUCAAGGAUUAUGCUACAUGUGAAUUCCGUGGAACGACCUUUGAACAUCAACGCGCCCGAUGGAACAACAUUUUCUUUUAAAAGAACGACUCCGUGUUCAUUUAGCGAUUUAUUAAUCGUCGACCGUACUUUACGCCUGUCAGAGCAGAAGUAACAAUUGCUUUUCAAAAACUAACUAACGAGCCAUCCUAAUUUAAAGGAAAAAUUAUAAUACUAUUUGGAAAAGCGGUUAAAAUCGAAAACUGUGCAGCUUGUCACGAUCAAAGCCGAUGAUUAUGUUACACAUAAAUUCACGUGGAACGACCUUUGAAUAUCAACGCACGCCUGAUUGAACAACAUUUUCUUUUUUUUUUUUUGACUGUAAAUCAAGAAACCAACACCAGCCAGUCGCCCGGCCGGGUGACCAAGAAAAUAUUUUCAGUCGCCUGAGGCCAAAUGUUAGUCGCCUCAGGCGACCGGGCGCCGUUAGAGCACAGCCUUGUUAUGCUGGGAAAACUCUUACUAUCCCCUGGGUGCUUACUUUUUUCAGGUUAAAUUAAGUCAAAACAUGUCUUAACCCUUAAAGCCUUAAGAGAGACUAAAUGUAGCAUCUAAUUUCUCCUUACUAAUUCAAUAUCAUCCCUGAAGCAAAUGUUAAGGUCACUAACUAAAGAAAUUCUUCUCUGCGUACAACAAAAUCUCAAAAUCUAAUACAAUAUCAUCCCUGAAGCAAAUGUUAAUGUCACCAACUAAAGAAGUUCUUCUCUGUGUACAACAAAAUCUCCCUGAGGGUACCACAGGAAAUGUAUAGAGAACAGUAAGGAGAAUAUCCAUAUUGAUGUUAGGUAUAAGGGGUUAAGUUUGCAUGUUUUCUAAAUCCAUUGCUAAACUUUUGCCUGGUUUAUCCUGUUUUUUUUUUUUUCACAACAGGUCCUGGCUGAGAAGGAAUGGACUCUAGCUGCUUUCAGAAGACACACAGAAGAUGUUUUUCACAAAUUAUACCCCAAUGAGCCAAAGCUAAAAAUCUCUGGCUUACAAAAUGAGUUUCAUUUUGAUAUGCCUCUGAUUUACAAAGUGGAUGAGACGCUUGUUGAUGCAGGACUUGUGUUUAUUCUUGAGGAAGAAGUAAAUCUCAUGGCAUCAUUAAGGUUGGAAACUCACAUUCCUCGUAAAAAUGGACCACACACAACAACCUCUUUCCUUUCAACACAUAAAGUACUGAGAAGUUAUUGGUAACCCUCCCCUGGACUGCCUUGCAUUUCUUUAAAAAUUUCAUUGGAGAAUGAUUGUCACAUCCAGAUAACACCCUCUAACUGUUAAGCCUGCCAGUUCUCAUCAUCUGUUUGUAAAACAAGGUAUCAAAAUCAUGACAAGAAGUUAGAAGUACAUCAAUGUAGGGGUAGCUAGGAUAUUAAUUUUCCAUUUCUUUACUUUUAUAGCCACACUUCUUCCACUGAAACAAAUUCAUUGGAAAGUAAAUUCAAAGUCCUUGGUGACACAAGGAAACAUGAUGAGACUGCUCAGCAAAAAAGUCCAAAAAAGAGACUGAAAGCUGUCAAGAAAACUUCAAAAAGGAAAAAGAUUCAUACCAGCACUAGGAAUAAAUUUGAAGAAAGUUCCUCUAAUAACAGGGUUACAUCAACAACCAGCCCAAUAGCUGUUGAGCUAGGUAAGAGGCUUUGUUGAGGAUGGGAUGAGGGAAAGAAGAAUCAAAAAGAACAAUUGUUACUAUAUCAUUUACAUGUUGUGCUGGACUUGAGUCCUCCCUUUAGGUCCUUCAAGAGUAUUUAAAGAUUGUUUUCUGGUUUUUUUUUUUUUUUUUUUUUUUUUUUGUUUUUUUUUUUUUUUUUUUUUUUUUUUUUUUUUUUUUUUUUUUUUUGUAGCAAGUCUUCUCCCCCAGAUAGUGGAAAAAAUAUCAGAAGAUUCAGAAGUGGACAUUGAGGUAUGUAGUGCAUCUUGAUUCAAAAUACUUUAAAGAGGUUUUUUCCUUUGGCAUUAAAGUACUUGCUUUAGUUUAGGCUUUAUAUAUAAAAAAAGUCCAUUCAUGCUUUGAUUGCUGCUUGAAUAAUUUUGUUGUUGUUUUUUUUGUGUUAAAUAUGUACAUCUGUGCUGGUAUUCUUGACAUAACAAGGACAUGUGUAGCAUAAAAAAAUAAGUCUUGCUUCACAUGUAAUUAUUAUCAUAUGUUUUUGACCUUGCUUUUUUUUUCUUAAUGUAGAGUGUGGAGGACUCAACAGCUCAGUUACAGGGAAAACCAGACAACACCUUGAGAAAAGAAGCAGCCACUACCAAGAAGAAAAGCCAGCUUCUUCUUCGCAAGGCCAGAAAAAUUAAAAGCAAGUCUGCGGUGAAAGAUAAUGGAACAUUACAAAACCCUGAAACUUAAAAAAAAGCCCUCAAGAUUGUUAAUCAAUAUUCCUAGUGUUAUGGUAUAAGUUGUCAGUUAAGUACAAUCAUGGAAUGCCUGGUAAGUUAGGUCUGUUUUUCUCCUUAGAGGAGACUUGAAGGGAAGUAUUUUAAUCUGUGUGGUCAAAUAGACUCUUCCUUAUUCCUUAGACCCUCAGAAGUGAUUAACAUGUAACUUCACUUUAUAAUAUCCAUAUGUUAUUCAGCAAACAGGUAUCAAGAAUACUCAAACUUAUCAGGUGGCUAACACCAAAUUCUUGUAAAUAAUUUACAAGGCAAUGUGUUGUAGCUGAAAGGGAGAAUUAACAAACAGAUGUUGGGAGUUAAAGGAUUAACAUAUCUUUGGUCCCUAUAAGGAAUCAAACCUCAGACUUUGUGAUUCUGUGCUCAGAUGCUCCACCACUGAGCGACAGAAAACUCUGCAGUGAGGCCAACCAUUACCAGGUCUCACUGGUGGGAAGGGAUAGGGUAAAGGUUUGGGAACAGAUGAUCAGGAUAAAUAAUGGUAAUUGAACUGAGUGGACUGCAAUUUGGUUUGAAAUCAUAUUAGUAAUUUCAAAAUGAAAUGAGUGCACAGCACAAGUUUGAUUUGAAAUCAUAAGUGUGAUUUCAGACCAAAAUUGCACAACAGGAAGUUCAAUUUCUACUUUAUUACAUCAAUUUUGAAAUUGCAGACUUCAGUUGCUCAGGUACAGGAUUUUUGUAGUCUGUACAAAUGUUUUGUUGAUCCAGUAAUGAGCUAGUUUGUAGAGACUUGAUUGGUUUCCUUAAACAAGCAAUUGGUUGUUGUACUUUAGUAAAGCUUUCUCAUUGGCUCGGAAAAAGAAGCAAUUUAAAGUAAAAAUGGUGCAAUUCGUGAACAAAUUGCACCAGUGAGGGCCAAUCAGAUUACAAGGAACAGCAAUGAUUCCAAAAUAGAUGUAAUAGACAAAUUUAUCCACUGGACCAUUUAAUCUUGAUUAUAAUAUCAAGUUCUCAUUACUAAUGUUUAAUAAAAUGUAUAGAAACUUGAAGGGUGAAUUUCUCCCUAGAUCUUGGGAAUAAAAUUGUAAAAAGAGCUGAUAUUUGGGCUAGGCAGGUAUGUCAUGAGAAAAAUAGGAGAAGAAAAAUUGGCGUUGACUGAUAUAUCCAUUCAACAAAUCAAAGUCCAUUUAUUAGGAGUGUUACUUUAUUAAAUCUCUUGGUCAUUAAUGCAACCAUUUUCUUCCAAACAAAUCCACAUUGUUUAAGCCCAUGCAAAACAGAAGAUCACUAUGGACACAAGCUCUUGUUCUUAGCUUGGUACAUUGGUAAUCUUAUAGGCUGGAAUAUUAUGCAGUCUUUGCACGACUUUAUCUCUGCUUUGAUAUCAUUAAAAAUGUGAAUAAACAAUACUCCCAAGAUGCAGUAGACACUUUCCAGUAUCUAACUUGGCCUGAAAAUCACUUCUCAUCUAAUGGACCCCUUCCUUGGUACACUAAAUGAACAUCAACAUUCAAAUAUAAAUUGCUCGCGAGCAACAUGGAAAGGGUGUGAAUUAAAACUAGGAAAGCACACUACCCUGAAAUACAAAAGACCAAAGAUUACUUGCCCCUACACCCUACUGCCCCUCUUCCCCCCCCCUCCCCCGCAUCUUUCACAGAGAUAAAAUAGCGUUUGGAACCGAGCUCUGAUAGUAAAAGUUUCGUUGAGGUUUUGACAAAAUAUUUUUGAACAACAAAAUUACAGUAACCAUCAAAUACUCUGGACGAAAGUUAAAUCAUAACUUUGAUGAGAUAACUUACCCCCGUCACGCCCCAUUACCGCCUGUUCGUGAUUCCCUGAGGGUAGUACUGACAGAAUGUCAAUUAUCAUCCCUCUUAAUUAACACAAGUUACGAGGUAAAUUUACAGUCUCGACGAUUUAUGUUUACGGUCUACUACAUUUCCGGCAGUGGCUUACGACGAACGACUGCCUACAACUAAUAGAGGGUUAGCUAAAAUGUUUUGGUUCGCGCGAACCGAACGCUGAAAUUGGAAGGUGUAAUCGCCUCUGAACCCUACGAGUGAUCGAAUCAGUCAUCAUUACAUGUGGCGGUAUUGGUCCAAGAUCACGCACUUUCACGGUAAACAAACAGCGACAUCGAUAGUGCGAGCGUUUUGAAGAGAAUCGUGCCAUGAAGACAAGUUUGGAAGAUCAGUUUAUUGUUUUGUCAUUACUCUGGACAUGCUGUGGUUUGAUGAGUUUGCUUCUUGUUGUCAGAGCUGAUGGCAUUGAAAGAAGGAACGGCGAUGUGCAGUAUUGUCCUUACUUUAAAAAUCGAGGUCCGUCUCGGCAGGAAAAUUUGAGAAAUUGCAGUUGGUAUAAAGAGAAUUCAUGCUGUCAUGACGAAGAAAUUGAGUUUGCUUUCCAUCAGUUAUCACCACUUGAAGGUGCAAACGGCCAGUGUGCACAAUAUAUGAACUACUUGUACUGCUACAUAUGUGCACCGAAUCAAAAUACGUUUUUCAAGGAUUUUACUCUGACCGUAUGUGAAGAAUUCUGCGAUCACAUCUAUAACGCGUGCCAAAACGCAAUCUUGAAAGGGCGUAAACUCAAGCACGUUUAUAAAAGUGGCCAAGAGUUCUGCAAGGCCCGACGGUUCAAAACGGAUAAAGAAGCCCACGGAAAGUGCUUCACUUAUAAAGGAAAACCAAACACAAAGAGUGCGUCCCAACAAUUAAGCGUGAAUAGCAAGUUUGUAGCUGUGUUAGGAAUGUUGUCUCUUAUGGCGAAGCACUGUGUUUUGUUAUGA